AUGGCCACACCUAUCUCUCCAGAGGGUGUGCCCCGCGUGAAGAAGGGAUGGGAUGUUCUCCCUUCUCAAACACGUCAACACCAAGGACAAUUCCUGCCACAAGCUGACAAAAUUAGUCUCUAUCACUUCAAGGAAACACUGUCCGAACCCAGCCAAUACAGGAACUGGAGAAACAGCGUUGAAAUCGCGCUGAAAGCUCACAAACUUGUUCACCUCAUCAACUCUUCUAUUGAACGACCUGACAACGAUGAAAGCACUAUGGCCAACAACUGGCUUGCUAUCUCAACCCUGGUAGCCAGUUGGAUGCUUGGAACAGUGUCCCAAGAUACAAACUCGAAGCUCAGAGCCACGGACAAAAGGUUAGACCUUGCUGACGAGGUUUUUGACGCAAUUACCGAGGAGUUUUGCGGCGUCGGCGUUUUUGCCGAAUGCAACACCGCCACGGACUGGUACAUGCUUAAACCUGAUGAUUUCCCGCUACCUAGCAUUUAUGUGCAGGCCGUGAGGGAUGGAUGGAUCAAAAUGAAGGAAAACGGAAUAGUGUUGCCCCCUUUCGGCGUACUGAUGAUCAUUAUCGGCACCAUGGGCGAUGAUACACUUAAAGACAUGAUUCUCUCUGGCCUACCUUCUGUUGCAACUGAACGACAUAUCAUGAACGCUGAUCAAAUGCAGCGUAUUCUCAACGACGUCGUCGGACGCCUUCAGGCCAAAGAAAAAGGCCCAAAUUAUCAGGCUACAUCUCGACAAGCUGCUGCUAAAACCCCAAAGGCCGAAAAAGAGAAGAAGACUUCAGGUGGACGUGGUGGCAACUACAAAACUGUUCUCGAACUGAAAGACCAAAAGAACCGCCCUGGACCCGGAAUCUCUGACGAACUACAUGUGAAAGCACAGCUCAAUAAGCCACAAAACAAGGAUAAAAACUGUGCCCACUGUGGAUAUCUACACAAAACCAACAAAUGCUACUGUCUUCGACCAGAUCUUCGACCACCAGGAUGGGAGGGUCCAGGGGCUCUUUGGCAGUACAAGAGGGGCACCAGCGGGGGUGCAAAUCCGUUGAAUCCGUCGAAUUCGUCAAAUACGAUGACGACGCCGUCAACCUUCACGCAAGAUAAGGACACUUCAGCUGUUACCACCAGUAUGCAGGCGACAAGCGCGGGGUAUAUGGACGAUUACUACGCUGGCCACUUCUCCGCUAUGGUCGUACCCCACAUCCCCGAAGAUUUCGAAGAUCAGUUCGAUUUUGAAAAAGCUCUCGCAGAGAAGCACAAUCACCUGACAAAAGCAGCAGACGACUUUCUCAAACAGGCUUACGAUAGGCUUGUGGACAACGAAAAUUAUCACAAUACCCCCCUUCAAGCUGGCAAAUUCGCUGAUUUUGAUGCACUCAAUUCACAGGACAACCACCGUGAAGCUACGCAAAUUAGUGCAGUGGCACUAAGCGCGACGCCGAACGACUCGAAUGCGAUUCCUCCUGCGAACGACAAUCCACCGAUUCUGGCUGAAGACGACCCCGAAAACCUACUACACCCACUUCCGAACCUUAACGACGAAGGCAAUAACCUGGUAGGGGAUUUGGUCGCUGCCGCUGUGGAAGGAGUGGUGGAAGCGGUAUCUGAGGCCGUAUUUGAUGCUGUUAUUGAAAACUGCGUCGCAUUGUCGUCCGUGCCGAAAUCGAUUCAGGAACACGCCGGGAUGGAUGAGCACAGAAUUACAGUUCCUGCCAACCUAUGCACUCAGCAGUGGAUAAUGGAUACUGGCAGUUAUGCUCAUAUCUGCACGAAUAUGGCAUUUAUGGACGAAUUUCAUGAAUUCAAAAACGGCGAGAAGCAUGAGUGGGAUUCUGCUACUCCGGGGGUGUCAGGCAAAGCUACAGGCUAUGGAAAAGCUCGCAUCUCCUUCAUCCAAGAUGGCGGUCAUGUUUAUGACGUUAUCAUCAACUGUCUCUUCUCUCCAGGAAUGAAAUUCAACCUCUUUUCUGCGUGCAAGGGUCGUCGUGAGCUGAAUAUCGCUUAUAACGACGAUACUAUGGCGAUUCAUGACCGAGGACCUGAAAAGGCUAUUGUUGGCCGCAUUUUCUUCAGCCACGGAGUUCCUCUCAUCAGACACACCAAUACCGGCCUAAAUGAGGUUAAUAUUGUCAUGUUCUCUGCCGAAUUCGCCCACAAAAGACUCGGACAUGCGGGACAACCAAAAAUGAGAGCAAAUGAAGAUGCCUUUGGACCGAUCGACGCAGACAGAGAUUUCCACUGUGAGGCCUGCAAACUGGGAAAAUCCAAGAAAGUUGUCUCCAGGACCCCACAAACCAGGGCAACUCGGCCUGGCCAGUUUAUUCAUGUUGACCUACAAGAGGUUAAACCUAUGGGGGUGAACGCUGAAAAGCAUGCCUUAGUAGUCACGGAUGACUACUCUCGCUGUCGAUUUGUGGAAGGUCUCAAAAGUAAAGCUGAGGCCUCCGGCCACCUCCAGGAUUUCUGUGAAAAGGUCAAAAACAGCUCAGGUUCCUAUCCCCAUGAAAUGCGUUACGACGGCGGCAGAGAAUUUUGCAAUUUCACCACAUGGGCAAGAUCUGCAGGCAUCAGGAUCGAGCUUUCUGCCCCCUACAUGCAUGAGCAAAACGGCGUCAGUGAGAUGUCAGGCCAGUAUUUGAUGCAGAUAGCCCGCACAAUGAUUAUUGAUGCCGGCGCACCUGAAACCCUCUGGUUUGAGGCAUUAUCUACAGCUGCCAACAUCACAAAUCGCCUACGGACUCGAAAGACCCAAGAAUCACCUAUGGAAAUGUGGCGGAAAGGCAUGGACGACAGAGAUCAGACAACAAGCCUCGACCAUCUCCGAAUCUGGUUUUGCAAGGCGUACGUCAACGUACCCCCUGAGAAGAGGGUAAAGAGCCGGAAAAUGCUGCCAAGGGCAUGGGCAGGGCACCUUGUCGGCUACAGGGGUGAAAAUGGUCACCUUUACAGGAUCUACGACCCUAUUGCCAACAAAAUCGCCACUGUGCGAGAUGUUGCCUUUUGGGAGGGCAAAGACGACGAAAAAUCAAGUGAUUUAUGGCAAAAACGCGCUGAAAUCGCUGCUAAACAGGUCAAUAUCGCCAAAUUUACCCCGGAUAUCAGAUCCGCUUACAGACACACGGUUGUGGAGGUUACACAUGAAGCCGAGGAUCCGCAGUUCUUCGAGGUUGAGGAGACCCCUCUUAUCCCUCUUAUUACUGCCCCUCCCGAGGAAGAGCCUUCAAACUCCCAGAUUUCUCCCAGAAAAACCUCUUCGGAGUCCCAACUUACUCCCAGAUCGCAAUCCCCUGAGCCUGCACCUACCACAGUUCGGAAAUCGACAUGCUCUACGAGGGGAAAACGUCAGACGACACGCUACGGUGAUGAGGACUUUGAUGCGGAGAAAGCUGCAAAUAUGGCAAUUGACGCAGCUGUUAUGGCUGCCACCCUCGUUGAAGAUGAGGAUAUGCCGCCAGCAGGUGAAAUCGACGUUCUGCACUCUUUGAAAGCGUGGACGGUCAAGAUACCCCUCACCUACAGAGAAGCGUGUGCUUCUCAAUAUUCAGACUUCUGGAUGAAAGCUAUGGAGGAGCAGCUGCAUAAAUUGGCAGUAGCAGGUGCAUGGGAUGAGGUCGCAUACCCCUCUGAAAAAGCUAGGAUUCUACCAGGAAAAUGGGUCUUCGACCUCAAAAGUGACAACAAAGGAUUUGUGACUCAAUUCAGGGCACGAUGGGUGAUUUGUGGAAAUCGUCAGGAGCAAGGACUCGAUUUUGACGAAAGCUACGCACCUGUGGCCAACGAUCAGAGUGUGAAGAUCCUCUACGCUGUUGCAGCUAGAGAAGGUUGGUCUAUCAGACAAUUUGACAUGGUAGCCGCCUACCUGAAUGCAGCUAUUGACGACAGGAUCGUGUACAUGAGAAUGCCGACAGGAUUCGACAGAAAAGGCUAUGUGAGUCUUAUUAAGCGUGCUUUGUACGGACUUCGACAGGCUGCACACCUUUGGUUUCACAAAUUCAAGGAUAUCUUGGAGGGCAUGGGAUUCCGAGGAUUGACCCUCGAUCCGUGUGUUUUUGUACGAGACGGAUGCUUCAUUAUCAUCUACGUCGACGACGCUUUUGUGAUUAGUGAGGACCAAAAUGACGCUGUUAUCGAGGAAAUCGGGCGUGCUGUGGUCAUUAAAGACCUUGGUGAACCCACAAAAUUCCUUGGAUGUGCUGUUACUAUUGAUAAACCAGGAAACACGAAAUCCUCCAUCGAAUCCUCCUCCGAGACCUCCACAACCCCGAAAUCAUACACGAUCAAAAUCAACCAAGCUCAGUACAUUCGUGACCUCAUCGACACCGAAGGUCUGACGAACAUGACCUCGAACAAAAUACCCAUCCCGUUGGGCACCAAACCACUCGAAAAGGAAAAGGGGGUGGCACAAAUGGAUUCUGAUGUAGAAAUGGACAAAACGGACAGGGAGCACCUUGCUACCCGUAUUGGGAAGCUAGGGUGGCUGGCACACAAGACCAGGCCAGACAUCUCUUUUGCCGUGUCCAUGCUGCAACGGGCAGCGUCUACACCUUCAGAAGCAUCCAUGAAGCUGUCAAAACAGGUUAUUCGAUACCUGAAGGGGACCCUUGAGAAAGGACUCGAAUUUGGGCCCCACAAGUUGAAAAACGCUGCUGGUUACGACAUGCGGGGUUUAGUGGGGUAUGUGGACGCUUCACAUGCCAACGAUAUCCCUACACGCCGUUCUAUUGACGGCUGUGUCUUCUUUUACGACGGUACUCCGAUCUUGUGGUCUUCAAAACGCCAACAGCUUGUUGCCCCAUCUUCCACAUGCGCCGAGUACAUUGCCUUGGACCGGGCUACAAAGGACGCCCUUUACUUAUCACACCUAAUGAAGGAGAUGGGGAUUCGAGGAAAUGAACCCGUGGAGAUUCGAAUGGACAGCGAUAAUGCUGCAAUUCUGGCAGAAACUGCGAAUAUCGCCUACAAACCUGCUACAAAAUUCCUCGACAUUCGUUACCACUUUGUGCGUGACGAAAUCACCAAAAGAACAGUCAAAUUGACUGUUUUACCCAGCAAGGACAAUCCGGCAGAUGGAUUUACGAAAAUCCUCGACAUUGCCACCUUUUCUACCUUUGUGGAGUUGUUGGGGCUGCAGUAG